GGACAAAGUCGGAUCUUCUCUGACUGUUUCCUCAGAUCGUCGUCGGUUCUGCUGCAGAUUCUGUUUCUGUUUAACUUCAAAAUCCAAAUCUCUCUUCGUCAGUCUGUUAAAGCUUCGUGUCAGAGCGAAAAAAAUGAACAUCUUCUUUGUUCUGUUUGUUCUCGGAGCACAAAGAGCUGCAGCUGUGACUCACAGUCUGAAGUAUUUCUUCACCUCCUCCUCUGGAGUCACAAAUCUUCCAGAGUUUGUGUCCGUCGGUUAUGUUGAUGAUGUUCUGAUGGUUCAUUAUGACAGUAACACAGAGAGAGUAAAACCCAAACAGGACUGGAUGGAAAAAGUCACAACUGAUGAUCCUCAGUACUGGAAGACAGAAACUGGGAACUUUGUGGGCUUCCAGCAGGUCAACAAAGUCAACAUUGAAAUAAUAAGUCGCUUCAACCAAACUGUAGGUGUCCACAUUGUCCAGGUCAUGCUUGGCUGUGAAUGGGACGAUGAGACUGGACACGUUAAUGGUUAUAUGCAGUUUGGUUAUGAUGGAGAAGACUUCAUAUCACUGGACAUGAAGACGAUGACAUGGAUCGCUCCAAAUCCACAGGCUGUCAUCACCAAACACAAGUGGGACAAUAACGAAGGUUUACUGGCACAAAAUAAACACUACUACACCCAGAUUUGUCCUGAGUGGCUGAAGAAGUACCUGAACUAUGGGAGGAGCCAACUGCUGAGAACAGGUGGAGUCACAUGACCUGAUGAGGUUUGAUUGACACACGGUUCAUGAAGCUCUUCUGUGUCAGAUUCACAGGAACAUGUUUCUGAACAUGAACCAACACGUAGAGACUCACUGUCCAUCAAACUGUCCUCUUUUUAUUUUCAGUGUCCACACAUCAGUUUUUUUUCUCUGUCUCACUUUUUCUUUGUCUCUCACUUACGUUUCUCUCCUCUUUUCUUUCUCUUCAUUUCUUUUUC